GCUUUGGCUCGGCUUGUCUGCAGCCGCACUCUGGCGUGAAGAGCUCCCCUGUUCCGUGCGCGCGCAGAGGCGGCUCCCUCGUCCGGGCUGUGCAGACAGCGCCGAGCGAAGCGCUGCACCUGAUCGCGCUUCGCCGAGAAGGAGAAAGAGAGCGAGAGCGAGCGAGCUAGAGAGAGACGCCGGCUGGGUUGGGCUGGGCUGAGCUGAGCUGCGGAGAGACAAAAGAAGAGCCAGGCAGCCCCCUCGAGGUUCCCGCGGCUGCCAUCGCUCCGGUUGCUCGCCGCACCCCUCGUUGGCGGACCACUUGCUGCUGCUGAGGAAGGAGCGGGGCGGCUGCAACUGAAGGAACCCCUCUCCUCCCCCCCCCCCCAAAAAACCAAAACACUCCCUUCGCUCCAUGGCCGAGCAGCCCUGAGGCGUGCGGCGGCGGCGGCUGGAGCUGGAGCCCCAAAGAGAAGCGCGCGAGCCCCCGCAGCCGCCCCCGCGGGCGCUUUCUCUGGAUCUUCCGCGGGAUUCUCGCCUCGGCGGCCGGGCGGCGCACGAUGCGCCCUGCUGCUCUCUUCUGAUCGCCAGCCCCACCGCGAUGAUCUCUCCGGAUCAGCAGCAGCAGCAGCAGCAACAGCAGCAGCCCAACCAUGUCGUGGCCACCAUUGAAAAUUUGCCUCCCGAGGGCAUCGGUGGCGGCGGCGGCGGCGGCGGCCGGAGCUGCAUCUCCGCCCCGCCUUCCUCCAGUGUGCGCCAAAAGAUCCGUAAAGUGUUUAACAGGGAGCUCCUGUUAUCUGUAGCUUUGGGGCAAGUCUUAUCCCUGCUGAUCUGUGGUAUUAGCCUAACCAGCAAGUAUUUGUCAGAUGAUUUUCAUGCCAACACUCCUGUCUUUCAGAGUUUUCUGAACUACAUUCUCCUAUUUUUGGUCUACACCACAACAUUAGCUGUUAGACAAGGUGAAGAGAAUUUAUUGGCAAUCUUAAAACGAAGAUGGUGGAAGUACAUGAUCCUUGGAAUAAUAGAUAUAGAAGCAAAUUACCUGGUAGUUAAAGCUUAUCAGUAUACCACUUUUACUAGUGUACAGCUCCUAGAUUGUUUUGUGAUUCCAGUUGUGAUCUUACUUUCUUGGUUCUUCCUCCUGGUGCGAUACAAAGCAGUGCACUUCAUCGGGAUUGUGGUGUGCAUUCUGGGCAUGGGCUGCAUGGCAGGAACAGAUGUUCUUGUGGGAAGACAGCAAGGAGCAGGAGAAAAUAAACUGAUAGGUGAUCUUCUAGUACUAGGUGGGGCCACUCUCUAUGGCAUCUCCAAUGUCUGUGAGGAGUACAUCGUACGAAAUCUGAGUAGAGUGGAAUUCCUAGGGAUGAUUGGACUCUUUGGCUCCUUCUUCAGUGGAAUUCAGCUUGCCAUAAUGGAACACAAAGAAUUGUUAAAAGUUCCCUGGGACUGGCAAAUAGGAUUACUGUAUGUUGGCUUUAGUGCCUGCAUGUUUGGCCUCUAUAGCUUCAUGCCUGUGGUGAUUAAGAAGACGAGUGCUACAGCGGUCAACCUCUCCCUUCUUACAGCAGAUUUAUACAGUCUUUUCUGUGGAUUCUUUCUCUUCUACUACAAGUUUUCAGGACUUUAUCUGCUGUCAUUCUUCACAAUCCUCAUUGGCCUUUUGCUGUACUCCUCUACAUCCACAUACAUUGCCCAAGAUCCACGGGUGUACAAGCAGUUCCGAAAUCCUUCAGGACCUGUUGUAGACUUGCCAACCACUGGGCAGCUAGAACCUUCAGUAACAUACAGCAGCCUCGGCCAAGAAACGGAAGAAGAAUCUCAUGUCCGUGUUGCCUAAACUCAGGCCCUGCCACCCUUGGUGGAGUUUGUAUCACCAUUAUCUCUGUAUCAUUCAUAGAGAAAGGUAUUUUCCGGAUGCAGUGACUCUAGUCAGCUGCAAGGUAGCAAAUAGGGGAGGUUUAUUAAAAAACAACCAACACCAUUAAAAUCUUUCCAAGAACGCUUUUGACUAGGAGCUGUAAAUCCAGUCUUUCAUUUGGAGCAGUGCUUUUCAGUCUAGAAAUCUUCUCAUUAAGGUUUUCUUAAGGAGACGUUAUGAAAUGGCAGGGAAACUUUCCUGAAGGACAGUUUGCCUACCUCAAAGCCUCCAUUUGGAAUGGAACCCAUCUGUAGUUGUAGAGAGCACGUUUUAGUUUACAUGGGGCAAACAGGCUUGGCCAGAGCCAUAUCUGAACCGAAAAUCCAUUCUACACUAUGCCCUGAGUCCCUUCGCAAUGUGCUAGAGAAAUACAGAGGUAGAUUCUGAAAGAAAUUGGGGGGGGGAGAAAGGGAAAAAUCACAAGGAAACUGGUGGGCAGGGAUCUCCCAGUGUCACUUUGCUAACCUGUAUUCUGUAAUCCAGAAUACUGAACCAACAGUACAAUAUUAAGGCUUCUGAAGAGAAUCAAUAUGAUUUAAAAUUGCUCUGGUUCUUGGCAGAAAUGCCAUUCAAAUCAAAAGAUACUAUGCAUUUUAAAAUGUAUUUUGCCCAAAGACUGAUUGCUUGGGAACGUCAUAUCUAACAAAAAGGAUGAACUUUGUAAGAGAAUUCUUCAUUAGGCUAUAUUUUUCCUGAUCAAUCGGUGACCAAAACAACACUGGUAGACUAUUUUCCAGUGUUUUUUUUUUCCUCAUUCAGAAGAUAAAUGUGAAGUCCUGAGAAAUAUUUUUGCACAGUUUUGUCUAGAUGGGCUUUAAAAAGAACUUCAGUGCAGGUGAUGUUGAUGGGGGAAAGGAGUGAAGUGGGAAUUGAAUAACAGAUGAGAAUUGGACCAGUUGGCUGUGGGUGGGUGAUCUUCAGUUUUUUUCAGUCUCUAGAACUUCCACCAGUCCUUUUGCUGUGCUCUUUCCAAAGCAAAACUUAAACAAAAAAACAAUCCUCCAACACACCUACCUUUACCUACAGAAAAGGACUUCAGAACAAUGUCAAAUGCUCCAAUCAAGGGGUAAAUUCCAGCUGGGGAUCUGGGAAUUGACUAAAAGUCUCCAAAUCCUUGUCAGGAAAAUUUACUCUGCAUACCAGUUUCCACCAGCAAUGGAUUCUCUUCCUCAGUGACAGUGAUAAUUUCUGGAACAUGGAUGCCAAAUUUGCAUUCAGGUUCCAGGUAGCCAGCAAAAAAAAAAGAGAGAGAGAGAGAGAGAGAGAGACAAUACUGUCCAUCUAAAAAAAUGCCUGGCUCUGCUGCUCCUUAUCUCCUCUUUUUGAUGUAGUGGAAGAGAAAGAGGCAGGCUUUCAAUAGGGCCUGUUUAGUGUAAGUUUGAGUAAAGACUUGAAAACUUGAAUAUUUUCAGGAUGAAUGUGGAUUUGUUCACCAGUUGCUAAUGGAAAGGGACUAGAAACAUGGGAAGCAAGAAAACCUGGUAAUUAACACUUAAUUCAACAAGGGAAAUGCCUAGUAGGGCCAAAUAUACAUAGAUACUACCAAUUUUUGUCCAGUUGAGGUACACAGAAUCUAUACCCUAGUGCCAUUGUGUUCAUUCAGCUACCUUAGCUACCUGGUUGCCCAUUCUCCGAAGCCUUUCUCAGCCUGGGCCUUCUUGAUGAUGGGCAGAAUUCUCUCACCUCUAGCCAUGCUGCCUAGGAGUUUCACUCUAAUGCUUCUUGAAGGGCUGAGGUUGGUGAAGAUGGCUCGGAAAAAGUUCUGGGAAGCCAUGGAUGGACAGCUACCAGUAUCCAUCUCUAUUCUAAGAAUAGGUUGAAAAGAAACUUUUUAACCUUUUUUUAAAAUAUGUACGUAAUAGUCAAACACUGACCUUUGAAAUAUUUUUACAGUAAUACUGUGGGCAGCUGAGAUUGGCUGAUAACAUAAUUAUAUUUCCACUUUCAGUGUCUUAACCUUACAGAUACCAACAAGUUCCUUUCUCUUCGCAAAUUUAGUUGCUAUUGAGAAAAAGAAAUGGAAUAUUUUUGUAGACAUUCUGUCCAAGAGAGGAACACAGGAAUAGCUGACCUAUGCUGCUCUCAUUCACAACGUGAUACUGGCUAGAUGUGAAUUGUUUAGAACUCAGUAUAUUCAAAGUCUUUAUGUUUAUUCCAUAUUUUUUGGGGGGGAGGGGGAGAUCUACGUGACUGAUGUUUCUUCUGAAUCUUGGUCCCUUGUUUUUACUUUGAAUCAAUAAUCUAGUUCCAGAUUCAAUGACUGCUUAGAUCCUUAGUCUUCUAGUACAGAUUUGCACAUUCCUUUCCUUAACAAAAUUCUUGUGAUUGUCACCGCUCGGUGACACAUGAAUUAUGCCUCAAACUGGUUAAUUAAAAUAUAGCUUCCAUUUCCUGGUUAGGAAAAGCACGCAACUGAUUUUUCCUCUGUCUGCAAAAUUAAUUUAUCAACUCGGCAGUAGCUUUGUUUCCCUCAAGAAUAUUGGCCAAAGUCAUUCUUUUUAUCAUUAUGUAUUCAGAAAUGUAAUCAUCUGAAUGAAGUUGGUGACACAACAGUUCUCAAGGUGCUGCUACUUCCCAACUACCAUAGAACUGACCUCACUUGGGCAACAUUCAGUUUAUAUAAUUGGGGCCUUGGCUUAAUUAUGGCUACAGUUCUUACAAAGUAAAAAAGGCAUAAUACUAUAUAUUCAUAGUGCUAUAAGCAAUACUAGAAUCAUUUCCUGUCUUUUAACAUCAGAACAAAGAUGCUCCUGUGAUUUAUGAGCCUUGAAGCUGAACCAGAAACAAAAUUCAGGUUUCUUUAGAGCCUCUCAUCCUUGAAAGAAAAUUGGGAUAGCUGUUUGUUCCAACGAUAGGAAAGCUUUUUGAAAUAUGUCGUUGGAAUGGAAGAAUCAAAUAACUUAUUUUAAAGCUUUUAAAGCUUACUCUUUCUGCACAGUUGAUCACAGUAAUCUACUAGAAUUGUGCACAUUUGAAAAAUGAAUCAGAACAAGUAUUUUUGGAUCUCCUAUGGCAGGGAUCUUUAAACUUGGCAACUUUAAGACUUGUGGACUUCAACUCCAAGCAAAGCUGGCUGAGGAAUUCUUGGAGUUGAAGUCCACAAGUCUUAAAGUUGCCAAGUUUGGAGACCCCUGUCCUAUGGUAUGAAUACAGCCUCUCAAUGCUCUUCAUUAGAGCAAACCUGAUUGGCUGGUUUCAGGUUUCUGAAUUAUCCUGGGAAAAGAUACAUCUGUUUCUUUUUAGAUGCACUAAUUUAAUUAUUUGAUUCAUUAAAAUCAGCAGGAUCUUUUUUUUAGACUAACUCAGAAGCCUGAGAAAACAUAUGUUUGUUUUAAUAAGUGGCAAAGAGCUGUUGUGUUUGCAAGACAUCUGAAGCAUUCCCAGUUUUAUAACAAAAUAUUAUUUUACCUACCUCAGAAAAAAAAAGAACAGAUGAGACUACAGAGGUACUGAAUAUUUCCUCAGUGAGCUGAAUUUGCGAAGGAACCUCUUUCUUAUGUUCUUAGUACCGAAAGCUUGCAGUAUACACUACAGUAGUUCAAAGUAAGAUACUGCGUUUUUAUGUGUGAAGAUUACAUUCACAAAGUCCAUUCUUCUAAAUAUUUAUCUUCACAAUAAACCUAAUUCCUAUGAGAGCUGUAUGUUAUGGCACCACCACCAUGCCUUGUUCCAUUUUAGAAUUCCAAUACAUGUACGUACAGUAUCUUCGGUAGUUCAGAACUAGGGAUUUGCACAACUUGAAAAUAUGUUUUCUUUCAAACUUAAAACAAAUAGCUGUGUUCAAGUAGGUCUACUGAACCAUUUUUCAUUAGCACUGAAGAAGAAGAAAAAAAUCUGAAACAUAUGGUUCUUCUGACUUUCAGCCCAAAUAAAAUCCAAACAAACCCCAUAGCGAUUUUUUUUUUACAGGGCAAAAAGAAAAUUAGAGAGGUAUACAUUGUGUUUUCUCUUCCAUCAUCCUCCAUGUGGGCAAUGGGCCAGAGCACAACACUCUCUUUCUCCUUUCUAUCUUUAUCUCUAGUCCUGGUGGCCUAGAGGUGUAGAUCUUGUCUCAUGAUCAGGAGGUUGUAAGUUUGAUUCUAGGUAGAGGCAGAUGUAGGGUCUCCCGCUUGGGCAGGGGCUUGGACUAGAUGACCUGCAAGGUCCCUUUCAACUCCGUUAAAUCUUCAGCCUACAGUUAAUAUCCUGCCCUCAUCCCAGUAUUCCCAGUGCUUUCCCUUUUUCUUCCCCCUCCAGCUACUUCUAACAUUUGCAUACGUUGCUGCCAGAGAAAUCCCUCAGUCUUGACUUCUUCCUAGUCUUAAAUUCUCCAAUCAAUUCUGCCCAGAGGAACCAUGUUCAGUCCAUACCCAGAAUAAAACUGUCCCAUUUCCCCGCCCCCUCUAUGUUGACCAAAAUACAUGGUGUUUUGAAAUACAUGAUAUGGUCCCAGCAUAAACCACAUGAAAUAAGCUGCUUCAUGUGCAAAACAAUAUGCAUAGGGAGCAUUUUAUAUACUCCUCAUUGCAAUCGAAUGUCUUCAGUUAGUAACCCUGCACACUCUAGCAUCAACUCCCCAAUAACAUGACCAAUGGUGGGAGAUUAUGGGAACUGUUCAACACAUCUAGAGGUAAGUUUGCUCACACUGAUUCACUUAUUUUAUCGUUCACGUGGCCCCCAUUGGUUUUCUGUGUAAAGAAGAAUCCAACUGCGAACUGUCUCAGCAGCUUUUCUCAACCCAGCUGCUCUCCAAAUAUAAAACUAGAAAUUCCACGAACUGACCAUUUUAGUUGGGAAUCCUGGGAGCUAUAUUCUCAGUAUAUCUGGGAGAUGCCAGGUUGGGUCUUUCUGAGGUAACUGGGUGGAAGCAAUAGCCCUUUGCUUAACCAAUGCUACCAAGUGGCCUUUUUUGUUUUUCCUGUUUCGUUUUGCAUACAAAUCAAAUUAUUAAGACUAUUUUGUAAAUUAUUCUGUGACAAAGAUUCUGUACUACUCUUUGCAACAGUCUUUCACAAGUUGGGUGACAUAUACUGCUGUGCAGAGAAGAGGGGUGAAAUUAGAAAUCUGAACUAUAAAAUAGUUGUGCAAAAUUGCCAUUUCUUUUAGAAUCAGAAUGUUACUGCCAGGUAACAUGAGCACAUGUUAUUCCUGACGGGGUACAUGAGUUCCAGGCACUGUUUAAAUAUCACCAAUAUAAUAACUUCAUUGUGGCUUAAAUAUUGGCUUGACUCAUUAUAUCAAGACUCUCUUGAUAAAUGUAGGUUUUAAUUCUGAAUAUGCUUGGAUGUAUCUAAAGGACAGGGUUACGUGUGUUCAGGGGCCUUAACUGUUUUCUCAGGUUUCAAAAAUCAGAAGUCAGCUGAUGAGCAUUGCCAUCUCCCAGUCCUUUUUGCUACCUUUUAUACCAAUUAAAUACCUUUCUCUGAGUCUGUGGUCCCAUCCUUGAUCUUAAUGACUUUUUGAAGAAUUUAUGCUUUUAUUUUCUUGCUUAAGCAUUCGUCUUUCAUAACUUUUGAGGACUUUUAUUUAUAGUAUUUAUUUUGUAAGCCAAAUGUUGUUGUAGGUUCUCUUUUUAAAAUAGCUCAUUCUUAUGACACUAAUUUGUAGAUUACUUUCCGUAGAAACAACCUGGAUGAGAGGCAUCACUCAAUUCACUCAAAAGUGUUCUUACUGAAAUAGAGCAUUGCAAGUUGCAAUCUUUCAAAGGCUGGAAAAACCACCAUUGAGAGCUUAAUCUCCCCCCCACAAAAAAAAAAUUAAAAUUAUUCUUUUGCAUGGGGAAAGGGAGGUGGAAGACUGGAAUGUUUAAGAAUGGAAGCUGCCUUAUAUUAAAUCAUUAUUGCUCCAUUGAACCCAAACAAUGUUUUUUUACGGUUGGCAGCGAAUCUCGGGCAGAGGUCUGCCAGUCCAUUGAGCUCCUAUAUCUGCAGACUAUGGAGUUUGACCUCCCUGCCUUCUGCUUAGAAAUCACACAAUCUGCUCUUGGGCAGUAGGCUUUUCUAAUUCUUCUACAAUUGAACAAUGUUGUUAAACAUAUUUAUUGCCUAAAAUGAAAUGCCAAGAGAAAUUGAUUGAUGCAUAAUGAAAAGUGAGGUCCAUCUGAGUGAGUUAUUGUCUGAACAGCUGAUGUCUUGCCAUUCUAAGAAUUUGGGGGUGGGGCAUCAGCAAAGCUCUUUUGGUUCAGCAAGUAGCUACCCUAUCAGUGUAGCCAUUUACUUCUUUGGAAAAUGGAUGGACCAGUUCCUGGAGGUGAAAAAGUAGUCAGCUAUCCUGACUGUGCUGAUAUAGUUCAGUAAUUGAAUGGAAACUAUAGCAACAGUUUGGUUUGUCUUCGACUUGAGAACUCAAGAAUACAAUCAGCAACCAAGACAGACCAAGCAAUUGAUGUUUUACACCACUGUGUCAAAUGAAGAUGCUUCCAUACAUAGUUUUAGAUAUUGCUAACUUGUGCCAUUAACAUUUCAACCAGUGUGUCGUAUUUUCCCUUUUUUUAAAUGACAUUAGUAUUCUCAAGCUAGCUAUAAAUAUCAAUUUUACCCCAUGGGUAGGAUUUUAAUUGUUAAAUGCCAUAAUAAAAGCACACUAAUUUUGACACUUACAAAUGGAAGUAAGAACCAAAAACAAGGAAUGUCCACAAUAUUCACUAAGAACGAAUUAUCUUCUGUUUUGAUAUUUGCAUGCUCCAACAUGGACUGGCUGUGGCAAUGUAAUGCCUGUAUAAUGUUUUCAAAUAAAAGAAAAGAUAAUCCUU